GGAUGUUCAAAUCAGCAAGCGAACCUGGGGAGCGUAUGAUGCAGCAAAUGAAUCGCGACUAUGUUGUUAUGCUCAGCGAUAUAUGCAGUAUUACUAUGCAAUUAUAUUAUUAGAAUUAAUAGAUAUAUUUGUGAUUUGUCGCAGCAUUGUGUCAUUGAUUAAUUAUGGAAGAGCGCCUGAUUUUAGUCACGAUGAUGGAGCGUAUCAUACACUCAAGUGCAUUCUCGGUCAAGUUCCGACUCAGACUAGACUCAGCAAGAAUAUAUGAUUUUGUCACAUUUGUCAUUGUCAAAAUUCCACCAUAUGUGUGCGUGUCAUAGCUAAACUAGCGCAUGUACAAAGCCAAGGGCAGAUGUGCCAUCAUGGGCAACGAGGCCGGCAAAAACUUGUAAAAGAUAGAGUGCACUGCGGGAUGGUCAUGGUCACUCUGUUCUGGGUCUUCGAGGCUACGGUUGCAGUCAUGGGCCACCGCCGCUCACGGCACAAUUGAUUAACGGACUUCACUAUUUUCGGUUAAAAGGAUAGUACAAAAGUUGAACUUGAACAUUCCUAAAUGCUGUCUGACAAAGGAUGCACUAUAAUCAGUGUAUAAAGGUGUUCUUACUAAAUAAUAGUGAUUAAAGUCUUUAGAAAAUCUAAUCAAAUGUGACGUAAACUACAGUGUUAGGCUACAGUGUUUCCUUAACAAAGUGUGGAAAGAUCUUAAAUAGGUUAAGUAUAUCCAUUGAUCAAAUAGAGUUUAUGAUUUUUUUCAAGGGCUCACCUUCUGUCACCUGCCUAACCAACAUGCUAGUUAGUGGCCAAUAGCUGUACUGACUGUCCAUUGCCUGUCUUUAGUUUAUAGUGAAUUAUGUAAGCAUGUAGCUGUAGUGUUUUUUUGUAAUAGGAUUAGUAACAGCAGGUCAGGUAGUCAUCACUGAGCUCAAGGUCACUUGUGUAGCCCUAGACUUGAACUUGAACUUGAACUGAGACAAUUAAUGUUGAUGAUGCAGUAAUGUAUGUGUAUGCCCCAGUAAUAUGCUCCUAAACACUUACCCUCCCCAAAAACCUUUACUGCACAGCUGUGCAUUCCUCACAGUUGAAGUUAUGGUAAAGGUUAUCUGAAAGGAAGUUGAUAUUCAAAAGGUCAUGUAUGUCACUGAAGGAGUCGGAAUGUGGAAACAGUCAGCCAUGGUGAGUAGAAGUCAGGUAUAUUUGAUAUGAUACUAAUCUAUGAAAUUCAAAUGUCCUAAUUUGUAGCUAGUUUGAAAUUAUAUGAAUCUCUAGGAAAUAAAAGGGGAAAACAGCAGGAAUCACAAAUAAAAAUCAAUGGCUCAAUUGAAUCACGUUUUUUUAUGCUAUUCUUAAAAAUGCUGCUUGAAGUGUUAUUAGUGCAGAGCUUGCUGUCAGUUACGGGGAAAAACACAGUAUGUUGCUGCAGUGUCAUCAAUGUGUGUGUUCCUGAUGGAGUGCAUUAUAUUGCUGAGUCACCUCAAGAUUAUCUGUGCUUAUGCUGAUGCAGAGAUAUUCUGCCCCAUAGUUCAGUUUGCUCAUGUCCUUUCCUGUCAUUUUUUGCUGCAAAUUCAAUGUUUACUGCAAAUUACCUCAUUGUAAUUCAACAGAUUUACUGAGAAUCUAUAAUCAAUUGAUAUAAGUCUGACAGAACAUGUAAUCUGUAUACAGGACUGGUCCUCUUGUGACAGUGGCACUAGACUAGUGACAGCCUUAUCGGUAAGUGGCAUGAUUUAGAGGGACAGAUAGACUGUACAUUUCACAGAAACAUUAGUUGCCAUACAUUUCCAAUUCCACCCACAUAUUGUAAAAAUGUCAGGCUGGGAGAGUAGGCAGAGGGGAAUGUACUUUUUUUUCUUUAGAGGGACACAGGAAUUCUAAAGCUGCUGGGGAACUGCAAUGAAGUAUAUGUCUGAACUGCUGGAGUGAUGGGCUUUAGGUGGUUGUGUCUAGGCCCUCUGUAAUAAGAGUUCAACUGAAAAAUAUGGUCCAAAAUAUUGACCAACUUCCUCUGUAAGCAUAAACAUGAAACCUUUUAAUUCACAACUUUAAAAAUAACAUUGCAGUACAAACAUUGAGUUAUUUUGCUGGCCAGGUUUUACAACCUACCAAGGAUCAUACAACGGAAUUUGAAUUAAUGAGUCACUGAUGAAUGCCUCACUCCUUGGCCUGUGGAAUUUAGCACUUUGUGUCUGUGUGUGUGUGUGUGUGUGUGUGUGUGUUGGUUAAGAUGCCCAGUGAAAAAACAUCAGAGGGUGUGUACCCACUGGCCCAGCUCUGCCUGCUGAGAUAGAUAAAGUUGGCUUUAGCCAGCGGUACGCACGGAACCUGAGGGGGGAGGGGGUGUAUCUAUUCCACACAGGAGGCUCAGAUGGCCAGACAAGACCACGCACGCAGGCCCAUCAAUGCUGCUGAAUGGAUCAACAGUUGACGUCUGUUAAGUGUGGUGGGGGACCCCCUUCAAGGUUUCAUCACUGACUCUACAGUACAGUACAUAUGUAUGUGCCCACUGCCUAUAUAGGACUACGGUACAGAUAGAGGGUGAGUGAAGACUGCUGAGAGAUGACGGACCUGGAGGCAUCGACAGUGGGUGAACCCCCUCCCCCAUACAUGAUCUUCCUCCUGGUUUUCUUCUUCUUCAUCACGGGCCUCCUGGGUUUCCUGGUCUGCCACCUUCUGAAGAAGAAGGGCUACCGCUGCAGGACAGGGGAGGAGGAAGAUGAAGAUGAGGAGGAGUGUGAGCAGAAACUGGGACCAGACAAGAAUGAUGAUGAAGAAGGGGACCAUCAAGACACUGUUGAACAAAUCCUGAAGUGCAUCAUUGAAAAUGAAGCCAACAUGGAAGCCUUCAAGGAGAUGCUAGGAAAACAGGAUAUUUGUGAACAUCAUGAUCCUACGUUACUGCGCAAAGAGAGCCUGGGUGGUAUUCCACCUCAUCACCACACCGUGCACUCUGGAGCCCAGCUUGACCACAAGUCCUGCAUGCUCUGUGUGCAAGGGCGCACCAAGAAGGCCCGACGCCGGAGCCGUGUACCUCGGACCAAUAAGCCGAGAACGCCGGGAGAGAGGAGAGAGUCCACUGUGUUCGCUGUGGGAAGGUUCCGAGUCACCCACAUGGACAAAAAGGAUCAGGGGUCUGGUGACCAGUUAGACCAAUCGGAGGCCCUGGAUAGUGAGAAGGGGGAUGAGGAGGACCCCCAGAGGAAGGAGGGGUACAACCUGCGGAGCAUGUUCAAAGACGUCAAAACGGACAGCACCAAUGGUGUGGUUCCCAUCGCGGCCAAGCGGAAGAAGAGUCUGGUUCUGUUCUCACCACGCAGAGGUAGUGAUCCAGUGGGGGCCAAAGUGCCACUGAGCCAGCCCAUGGUAGAAGAGGAACCCCUCUUCACUGCUCCAGUGAAGACUGCUCCAGUGCAGACCUCCAGCCCUGUUAAGAUCCUGUCGUCCCAGCCCAGCCUGGACUCUGGUGCACCUGACGACACUGAUAUGGCUCCUGUUAAAAUGUACCCCACUAGGGUCACUUUUGUAGUGUCCCCCACUGAGAGUCCCGUACCAGUCACUCCCAACGCGAGUCCAGGAGGCGUCUCCCCUCUAACACCCCCGAUGCAAGAUUCCCCCACCACCCCAGUACAAGUCACCCCCAUGACCCCUGAGAUAUUACCCCUUACCCAAGGCUCCUAUAAUAACCCUAGUGUUAGCGCCUUAAAUGUCUCUCUUACCCCUACCCCUGUACAAGCCUCUCCAACCUCUAACCUCUUGAAUGUCUCCCCUGACCUGUCCUCCAGAAAAGUGUUCCCCUCCCCUACUCCCUUAAAUGUUUCUCCUACCCCUUCCCCCAUACAAGUCUCCCCUGGCCUGUCAUCCAGAAAAGUGUUUCCUUCCUCUAGCCCGUUAAAUGUCUCCCCUGCCCCUACUCCCUUAAAUCUCUCUCCUGCCUCUACCCCCUUAAUGGUGUCCCCCACCACUCUACCCCGUAGCAUUCUAAAGAAUACUACUACUUUUGUCAAGGUGGACGAAACCUCACCCACCACGAAAGGGCCAGAGGACAAGGUUGAGAGCCUUGCUACUGUCAGGGCCGACAAAGUUUCUCCCACUGCUGUUCCUGUGAAAGUCUGCCCCACUGUGGACCCCAUGAAAGUCUCCCCCACCUCAACCUCCGUCAAGAUCUCCCCAACCAGCGGAGGCCCUUUAGAGGACAAGCUGGAGGUGGGGAGUGUUACCAUAGUCAAAGCCAGCCCGGACAGUCAGAUGGAGUUCUCUGUGGUGCGUACGGCUGAGGUAAGGAAGGAGGAGGAAGAGGAGGACCCUGCUGUGGCUCAGAGCCCCCCAGAGAAAGGGAAGGAUGAUGAGGUGGAGAUGGAGGACAUAAAGGACUGUCGGGUCAGCCAGGAGGAGGGCGUGUCUCUGGAGGAGAAGAGGAGAUCAGUGCACAGUCAGCACAAGUGGUGAAAGAGAGAGAGAGAGAGAAAGAGAGAGGACACGCUGGGAUGGGGGAGGGGGAAAGACUGGCCACACCCAACUGUGACAAACAGGAUAUAUUGCAAUACUACGGAGGUAAACCAACCAGGCCAUGUCAAAACUGAACUAUACCAGACUGAGACUGGCUGUCUGGAACCAACUAGACCUUGACAUGGCUUUAAAACGGUGGGGUCGUACCAGCAAGGCUGUGAUUUAUUCAUUGAUAUAGACAAGUUGUGGUUAGCUAAGCACUGGCACCUUAUAUCCAGAUGUAUUGAUCUUAAACGCUUGCAUAAUGUGGCUAACAGCACAGCUACAGUACUACUUCAAUUAUCAACAGACAGUGCAAGCCCAGGCCUCCAUCUACAAGUGCACUUUUUGAAAACACUGCUCACAGACUGCAUUUUACAACAAUCAACUUUAACCCCAACAAUCAACUACACCACAGUGUAAAUCGACCAACAGCAAAUAACGGGUAAUAUCUGUGUAUUCUAAUUUAUUGUCAGUCCGAUCUCUAACUCUUCUAUAUCAGUGGGGGCUGCUGAGGGGAGGACGGCUCAUAGUAAUGGAUGGAACGGAAUAAAUGGAAUGGUAUCAAACAUGUGAUUUCCAUGGGCCAACAUUCCAUCCCCUCAGCAGCCUCCACUGUUCUAUAGAGUUGAAGUCAGAAGUUUACAUACACCUUAGCCAAAUACAUUUAAACUCAGUUUUUCACAAUUCCCUGACACUUUAAUCCUAGUAAAAAUUCCCUGUCUUAGGUCAGUUAGGAUCAACACUUUAUUUUAAGAAUGUGAAAUGUCAGAAUAAUAGUAGAGAGAAUGAUUUAUUUCAGCUUUUAUUUCUUUCAUCACAUUCCCAGUGGGUCAGAAGUUUACAUACACUCAAUUAGUAUUUGGUAGCAUUGCCUUUAAAUUGUUUAACUUGGGUCAAAAGUUUUGGGUAGCCUUCCACAAGCUUCCCACAAUACGUUGGGUGAAUUUUGGCCCAUUCCUCCUGACAGAGCUGGUGUAACUGAGUCAGGUUUGUAGGCCUCCUUGCUCACACACGCUUUUUCAGUUCUGCCCACAAAUGUUCUAUGGGAUUGAGGUCAGGGCUUUGUGAUGGCCAGUCCAAUACCUCGACUUUGUUAUCCUUAAUCCAUUUUGCCACAACUUUGGAAGUAUGCUUGUGGUCAUUGUCCAUUUGGAAGACCCAUUUGUGACCAAGCUUUAACUUCCCGACUGAUGUCUUGAGAUGUUGCUUCACCAGUCCCUCUUGCAGCAAAGCACCCCACAACGUGAUGCUGCCACCCCCGUGUUUCACGGUUGGGAUGGUGUUCUUCGGCUUGCAAGCCUACCCCUUUUUCCUCCAAACAUAACAAUGGUCAUUAUGGCCAAACAGUUCUAUUUGUGUUUCAUCAGACCAGAGGACAUUUCUCCAAAAAGUACAAUCUUUGUCCCCAUGUGCAGUUGCAAACCGUAGCCUGGAUUUUCUAUGGCAGUUUUGGAGCAGUGGCUUCUUCCUUGCUGAGUGGCCUUUCAGGUUAUGUCGACAUAGGACUCGUUUUACUGUGGAUAUAGAUACUUUUCUACAUGUUUCCUCCAGCAUCUUCACAAGGUCCUUUGCUGUUGUUUUGGGAUUGAUUUGCACUUCUCGCACCAAAGUACGUUCAUCUCUAGGAGACAGAAUGCAUCUCCUUCCUGAGCGGUAUGAUUGGUCCCAUGGUAUUUAUACUUGCGUACUAUUGUUUGUACAGAUGAAUGUGGUAUCUUCAGGUGUUUGGAAAUUGCUCCCUAGGAUGAACCAGGCUUUUAGAGGUCAAAAUUAUUUUCUGAGGUCUUGGCUGAUUUCUUUUGAUUUUCCCAUGAUUUUCCCAUCAAGCAAAGAGGCACUGAGUUUGAAGGUAGGCCCUGAAAUACAUCCACAGGUACACCUCCAAUUGACUCAAAUGAUGUCAAUUAGCCUAUCAGAAGCUUCUAAAGCCAUGACAUCAUUUUCUGGAAUUUUCCAAGCUGUUUAAAGGCACAGUCAACUUAGUGUAUGUAAACUUCUGACCCACUGGAAUUGUGAUACAGUUAAUUAUAAGUGAAAUAAUCUGUCUGUAAAAAAAAAUUGGGAAAAAUUUGUUCUGUCAUGCACAAAGUAGAUUUGCCAAAACCAAAGAAAUUUGUGGAGUGGUUGAAAAACAAGUUUUAAUGACUCCAACCUAAGUGUAUGUAAACUUCCGACUUAAACUGUAUAUACUAUACUAUGGAAUUAGAGCCAUAAACUGCCUUUGAGUAACUCAAGGUUCCCUUUUCAGUUGGUCACUCGGUAUGACAUACUAUGAGGAGUCACCUGAAGAAAACUAAAAACACGCCCGACGGGCCAAUGAAUGCAAAGUCCGCCAUCAGAAGCCCCGAUUUUCCUAGCCAUAACCCCGGGGCUCGCAUUCAUUUCCUCAAUUCUCCGCUCUUCAGCUCGCCUGAAGGAGAACUUGUCACUCGAUUUACAAGCACACAAAGAUGACUGGAUUCGGCUCUGUACUCGUCCCCCAAGAUGAUGCGAGUUUUGGGUCUUGGUAUCGGUUUUUGUGUUAGCUAAAAGCGAAUUACUUUCUGCUCUGCUUGUGUAGCUAAUGCUUCAUUCCUUGAGUAGGGUUUGUGUUUGCAAAAAGCCGACUACCUCUGUGGUGAUUGUGCUUCCUUGCUUGAGUAAGAUGGUCAAAAAGGCUAACCAGCUGGAUUUGAACCUCCGACCAUGGCCUAGGGCAUAUGAUUUCACAAUGAAAUUGAAAGAUACUCACAAGUGCUGUCCUGUUUGCCUGGGGUGGAAACAUACACUCAGGCUGCCUUGGCACGGACUAGUUCGUGUGACCAGUGUCACCAGCUGAAUUUAGACUCUAUUGUAUGUUGACUUCUUAGGAAGAUUGGGGUUACUGUAGAAGUACCUUUCUUUAAAAAAACAAAAAACAAUUACGGCGGCCUCAGGGCUGUUUUGUGGUUGGAAUUGUUCCCCUCCGUCAUGCAGGGGACUGGUGUUCAAUUCCCCGAUGGGCAACCCAGCCAAGCUAUGGGCUAGUUGGCUGUGUUCUCUUCUUCCCUGAAGGGCAACCGCAUUCUGGAAAGGAUGAGGUGUCUCUGACUGGUUCUGGGGGGUUUUCGGAGAAGGAGGUGGAUGAGCUAGCUCAGGCAGCUUCAUGUUUCUACCACGGAUGUCACAUUGGGCUGCAGAGCAGCGGCCGGCUGUAUGGCUCUCCUUCGCAACGGAGAUAGCUCAUGUUGGGGAAAGUUUUACCACCUGUAAUGACUGCGAUAAAGUGUCACUUGACUCUCUUUACGUUUUUUGACUUGAAAUAACUCACAUUCAGCCAAGUUGCAUGAAAUGUGGAACUGUUUUAGAGGGGGCACGUUUCGCUUGCAUUCUAGUAUGGAACGCUAGUUAGCCACCUGGCCUCGGAGGCUAACAGAGAUGCUAAUCCUUGUCCUUCGCUCCCGAAUAGAGCACGGCUUGCAUGCUAGUUUGUCAUAAAUAACCUACCGGAGCGGGGGGAAUGAGUUUUGGGCAAGCCAAUUUCGCCGAAGGAGUGUUUGGCUCAGCUAUGGAGUCCAUGCAGUACUGUUCCUAGAAGAAGCAAAAGCAGGAAGUAGAAGUGCUUUCCUGCUGGGAAAAAGCAUAUGAACGCCCGUCCAACUCUAUGACUAGGAGACUCGGUUAUGAUAUCUGGACCCCGAUCUUUUUCAUAUGCAGGGCCUCGACGUCAUGCACCACUGAGAAUGACAAACGAGCACUUUUUUUUGUCUGUCAAUGGUGACAUUGUUUAUUUGCAUUUUGGUAAUUUGGUGAACACUCUUAUCCAGAGAAACUUGCCUUAAUGUGUGCAAUGCUUCUACCCAAGGAUCUAUGGUGUCCAAGGGUAUCAAAAGUAUGGUAUCACCCAUAUGUGAGCAUAAAUCAGUCUCUUCCCUGAGUCAGACACAAGGUUGUCGGGAGUGGUAGCUGUGGGAGGACAUGACAAAAUAACCACAUUAUCGCAGUCCUCAAGGUGGUGCCCGUCCCUGCAGAUGACAAUGUAUGGGAGGUUGGCCGUGUGCUCCGCCCAGUGGCGGACAUGUGAGGCGUCAUCGCGGGUGUGUCCUAGCGCCUGUUUUGAGAGAGGACAUUUCCUCACUUCUUUGGAAGUGGUCUAUUCGGGUGGUUCCCGUGUUAGGAGUACAGAGCGGUUGGUAUAGCCGGUAUUCCCAAGUUCCUAAGAGCAAUGGAACGCUGCAUCCAAUUCUGGUCUUGUGUGGUUUGGACAAGCACCUUCAGGUGUGCAAGUUCAAAAUACUCACGCUUCGGCGGCUACUAGAGUCAAUGCUUCACCGCGAUUGGUUCACGUAGCUACGCGUCUGGAUGCAUCUCACCAUAGCCAUCAGUUGCUCAAGAUAUCCCCAUCAUGCCUGAGGGUGUUAACUCCUUGGAGAACCCUGCGACUGUUCUUGCAGGGGGUUCCCAUUGGCUGGGUAGUGUCCUGCAGGGUGAUCACGACAGACGCAUCCUCACUGGGAUGGCAAGCACUGCACUGUGUGUGGGCUACUCAGAAAGUGGGAUUUGGUCGACAGCGCUAAGGGCACUGUAUAUCAAUAACCUGGAGCUACUGGCUGUUUUUCUGGCACUGAGGCACUUUCUUCUGAUAUUGGAGGGACAGCAUGUGUUGGUAAGUUCUGACAACAGUCUCUCUCUUGAACCUGGCCUGUUAUCUGCUCAUAGGGAGCAAUGCACAUUUCCUGUUGCUCAGUGUGACAUACCUUCCAGAUCUCUCAACGUGUGUGUGGAUCUACUUUCCAGGGUGGGUCCUCUCUUAAUGGAGUGGAAACUUCACCCCUCGGUGGUUGCCCAGAUAUGGGAUCGGUUCGGCAAGGCCGACGUAGAUCUUUACACAUUGUGAGAAAACACGCAUUGUUGCUUGUUCUUCUCAAUAAAGGAUCUGGGGAACAAAUUCUUUGGCACAUCAGUGGCCUCAGGUUUGGCUUUAUGCUUUUCCUCCGGUGGACCUCAUUCAGGCCACCUUGAAAGGGUUUGUCAGGAGGGUCUGUUGUUGAUUCUGGGGGCCAGACAACCCUGGUUCCCAUCAUCCACCUGUUAGGCAGGGACCUGUGGAGAGUACCGUGUUGUCGGGAUCUGUUGUCCCAGGCGCACGGAAGUGUUUGGCAUACAUAACUGUAGAUAUGGAAUAUAUGGGUUUGGCCCCUGAAAGGCUGAAAUUGAAGGCUAGGGGUUUAUACCCUCGAACUUGAUUAUGACUAUACAGUCGGCACGAGCUUCCUCUAACAUAUAAGUUGUGCGCGUUUGAGAGUUGGUGUAAGAUUAAAAUAUUUUCUCCUUUUCAGAGCUCUUUGGUGGAUAUUUUGAUGUUCUUGCAAGAGCUUUAUGUGCAGGGCAUUUAUUUUUCUAUACCAUAAGUUUAAUGCCAGCCAUUUUAGUGGUGUCAUGUAGGGAUUGAUGGCUCUACCCCUGGGUCUCAUCCUCUGGUGAUGCGGUUCCUGAAAGGCGUGCAUUGGCUCAGACCAGUGUCUAAGUAUAUGGCACCGACCUGGGACCUGGAUUUGGUCCUGGACACAUUGUGUGAGCCUCCUUUUGAACCAUUGGAGUCUGUGGACCUGAAGGUCCUUUCCUACAAGACUGUCCUGCUCAUGGCCUUUGCGGCAAAGUGCGUUGGGGCAAUCUCCACACGCUAUCAGUACACCCUUCCUGUUUGGAAUUUGCGCCUGCAAGGUGGUGUUACAUCCUAAUGCAUCUUUUGCUCCUAACGGUUAACCCUAAUUCCUACAGGUCUCUAGCUUUUCAGCUGUUCCCUGUCUCACCUCCUCCGUUUGCUUCCAGUGAACAAAGGAAGUUGCAUGGCCUGUGUCUGGUGCGUGCUUUACGCACAUACAGUAUAUGGAUAGGAUCAAGGAUAUUCAUGUUUGUGACCAGUUUUUUGUCUGUUUCGCUAGUCCAGCUUGGGGUAAGUUGCUUUCUAAGCAUCGUCUUUCUCAUUGGAUUGUGGAGGCUAUCUAAUUGGCAUGUACAGCAAAAGACAAGGGUUGCCUAGAGGUGUGCGUCCUCACUCCGCUAUGGGUGUGGCAGUGUCUUGGGCAUUGUUCAGGGGAAUUAUGAUUGGUGAUAUUUGCUGCAGCAAGAUUGGGUUCCCCACAGGCCUUUGUGAGGUUUUAUCUCUUGGACGUAACUGCUCCCAGUGUGAUUUCAUAGUGUUCUUAUGGCUGGGUCCGGGAGUUAGACAGAGCGCAGAUUGUGCAUUUAUCCGGGUUGCUACAGUUUUUGUGGGUUUGAGCCUUGGACUGCCGUGGUUCGUUGAUGAGGCGGCACACAAAUGCUCAUUUUCAAGUCACAGCAGAUGCCCUGUUGUUUUGGACUUGCAGUUCCUUGUGUGAGUUCUGGCAUUCCAGACUCCUUGGGUCUCUGUGGGAGCCUUUUUGGAACCGGUAGGGUCUAUGGACUUGGGCCGCUGUGGUCGAUGUUAGGCAGCAUUUUGUCCGGGUUACCAUAGUUUUCCUGUGGGUUUGAGCCUUGGGCUGCCUUGAUGGGUGGCAGUGCGCAGUAUGCAUUUAUCAGGUAGCGGCAGGUAGAAUUGGGCCAGUAGUGGUUAGAGCGUUGGGCCAGUAACCAAAAGGUAGCUGGGUCGAAUACCCGACCCUGUAAAACAACACAUUUCACUGCACCUAUCCGGUGUACAGUACGUGACAAUAAAACAUCAAUUUUUUUAGGGUUGCCACAAUUCCCUGUGGAUUUGAGCCUUGGGCUCUGGUCAAUGCUAUGCAGUGCGCGUGUGCGCUUUACCAAGUCACGACAGGUGUUCUGUUGUUUUGGACUUGCAGUGCCUUCUACAAGUUAUGACAUUUCAGGCUCGUAAGGUAAAUAAGUAUUGUUCUGGGAACCAUGGGGUCUAUGCAGUGGCAGCGUGUCAGUGCGCAUAACCAAGUUGCUGCAGGUUCUGGUUAUCUAUAUAUAUGGGGCUCUGACAGUUCAGGCCUCAUGAGGCUCUGACAGGUCAUGCCUCUCGGAUAAGGGUUAGGGAAAAAGAUGGCUUCUAUAACCCCUUUCUGGAGCCUGUGGAACCUGUGUGCUUGGGCUGCCGUGGCCCUCCUAGUUUGGUACCACCUGAGCCAGCUUUUGGCAUGAUUGUAUGUCACCAUAGUAUGUUAUGCCGAGUGACAGACUGAAAGGGAAUGUACAGUUAUGAAUAUAACUAAUGUUCCUUAAAGGAAGGAACGAGGUAUAACAUAUUUUGGCCCUGUGCCGUCAGGGGGUUUGGGCUCGCUGUAGUGGUACUGAUUUGAGGAAAUUAAUGCAAGCCCCGGUGUUAUAGCCAGGAAGGCGGGGCUCCCGAAGGGUGGACUCUGUAUUCAUUGGCCCGUUGGGUGUUUUUAGUUUGCUUCAGGUGUGAUUGGUCGUUGACUCUCCAUAGUAUGUUUUUUAUUUUUUACUUUAGUUUAUUUAGUAAAUAUUUUCUUAACUCUAUUUUCUUAAACUGCAUUGUUGGUUAAGGACUUGUAAGUAAGUAUCACGGUAACGUUGUAUUCAGUGCAUGUGACAAAUAAAAUGUAAUUUUAUAUGUUUAACACCCAUUCCCUCCUUCAGGGAACAGUAGUUAUAUUCAUAAAUGUACAUUUUUAUCUAGACAUCUGAAAUAAAUAGUCCUUAACCAACUAUAACAAAUACUCAUAUUUCAGUCUGAAUAGUGCUAUUAGCUAAUGACUUUUAGAAUAAAAUGUUAAGGUACUGGAACAUAUUAUUAUUAUUGUUGUUUAUUUGUUUACUUGGAAGCAUACAGGAGCAGCGUACAAUCCAAAGUAUUAUUCUGAUCCUAUUUUAGAAAUCACAUAGAAAUUAUAGGCCAGCACUGUAGUUGAUAAAUACACAUCAUUAGGAUGCUAGUUUAUUUAUUGUGAUUCACAGUAUUCAUUUGUUUGGAAGUAAUUUGUUUACUGUCAGGGUGACCUCACUAUUCUCACUGGACUACAUACUCUUUGGCAAAGAAAACACUCAGAUGCUAAUAGUUAGAAUGUGUAGUCCUGAACAAAAACAUAUAUUUUCAGGGGUGUAUUUACAAGGAACGAAGUAGAAGCAAAAGAGUCGAAACAGGGAGGGACCUACCUGAUUUUGUCCAAUGAGAAAGGUUUGUUUUUGUUUUCCGUUGCAAAGCAUUUUGCUACGGUGUACACUAAUGAAUAUCUCCCAGAUCUGUUGCGGUGAACAGUGUUUCCCUCUAUUGUAUACACACAGCACACAUCUCACCUCUUCUCUCUCAUCGACUCCCAUUUCUUCUCACUACACUUCAUAAUUUUAACAAAAUGCCAAUGUGAUUUUUAGGCUGUUUACACAGGCAGCCAAAUUCGGAUCUUUUGCCCAAUUAUGUUAAAAAGAUCUGAUUGGUCAAAAGGCAAAUUAGCGGCAAAAGAUCAGAAUUGGGCUGCCUGUGUAAACGCAGGCUUGAUGUGAAACAUAUUUUAUGUCAAGAAGGCAUCAAGGCUGUGUAAUUUUUUUUGCACAACAUAUGUCUUUAUUGUUAUGCAGAGAAUACGGUUUUAGCCAUGCGAUGACAAUAUUCCUGAGCUUUACUUGACUUUCUGGAAAUAAUGUGCACUCUUGAAUACCAGUUUAUUUAAUCUAGAUUUGCUUCCUUAAUGUCAACAGGGAUGUAAUUGAAUAUUUGUUGAAACUGAUGACAUCUGUAUCAAUUUACUAUAGAUGCAUUGCACUUAGAAAGUGUAAGGUUUUGAUGUGACUAAAUCCUUAAUUGAAUACUUGUUUUGAAAAAAUGUAUGGUUUUGUCAAGGAAGCAAAUGCCAGGUUAAAUGACUGUGAUCCACUUCUGAAUGUUGAUCACAGGUUGAUCAGAUUUGAAUGGGAUUGUUUGUGUAGCCUUGUAGAGAUAGUAUAAGCAUUUUAAAAGUAUAAUACGCAAUAAAGAACAGCUAACAUAACAGCGCUUAAAUGCAUCAGAUAUACGGUUUACUUUAAUAUACAUCAGAGGUGUGAGAUGAUCAAGAAAUUAAAAGCUUACUAUAUACCUACUGUAUGCCACAAUCAUAAAUGUUUCACCAGCAAAUAGUAGCUACCACUCUUGGCAUUCUCUCAACCAGCUUUACCUGGAAUGCUUUUCCAACAGUCUUGAAGGAGUUCCCACAUAUGCUGAGCACUUGUUGGCUGCUUUUCCUUCACACUGCGGUACAUCACAUCCCAAACCACCUCAAUUGGGUUGAGGGCAGGUGAUUGUGAUGGCUAGGUUUUCUGAUGCAGCACUCCAUCACUCUCAUUCUUGGUCAAAUAGCCCUUACACAGCCUGGAGGUGUGUUGGGUGAUUGUCCUGUUGAAAAACAAAUGAUAGUCCCACUAAGCGCAAACAAGUUGGGAUGGCGUAUCGCUGCAGAAUGCUGUGGUCGCCAUGCAGGUUAAGUAUACCAUGAAUUCUAAAUAUAUCACUGACAGUGUCACCAGCAAAGCACUUCACACCUCUUCGCACUUCACAUUCUUCACGGUGGGAACCGCACAUGCGGAGUUCACCUACUCUGCGUCUCACAAAGACACGGCGGUUGGAACCAAAAAUCUCAAAUUCAUCAGACCAAAGGACAGAUUUGCACCAGUCUAAUGUCCAUUGCUCAUUUUCCUUGGCCCAAGCAAGUCUCCUCUGCGUAUUGGUGUCCUUUAGUAGUGGUUUCUUUAUAGCACUUUGACCACGAAGGCCUGCUUUACGCAGUCUCCUCUGAACAGUUGAUAUUGAGAUGUGUCUGUUACUUGAACUCUGGAAGCAUUUAUUUGGGCUGCAAUCUGAGUUGCAGUUAACUCUAAUGAAUGUAUCCUUUGCAAUAGAGGUAACUCUGGGUCUUCCUUUCCUGUGGUGGUCCUCAUGAGAGCCAGUUUAAUCAUAGCGCUUGAUGGUUUUUGUGACUGCACUUGAAGAAACUUUUAAAGUUCUUGACAUUUUCUGGAUUGACUGACCUUCAUGUCCUAAAGUAAUGAUGAACUGUCAUUUCUCUCUGCUUAUUUGAGCUGUUCUUGCCAUGAUAUGGACUUGUUCUUUUACCAAAUAGGACUAUCUUCUGUAUACCACCCCUACCAUGUCACAACACAACUGAUUGGCUCAAACACAUUAAAAAGUAAACUAAUUCCACAAAUUAACUUUUAACAAGGCACACCUGUUAAUUGAAAUGCAUUCCAGGUGACUGCCUCAUGAAGCUGGUUGAGAGAAUGCCAAGAGUGUGCAAAGCUAUCAUCAAGGCAAAGGGUGGCUACAAUGAAGAAUCUCAAAUAUAAAAUAGAUUUUGAUUUGUUGAACACUUUUUUUGGUUACUACAUGAUUCCAUAUGUGUUAUUUCAUAGUUUUGAUGUCUUCACUAUUAUUCUACAAUUCAGAAAAUAGUAAUAAAAAUAAACACUGGAAUGAGUAGGUGUGUCCAAAUGUUUGACUGAUACUAUAUAUUAUUCAUCAACGACCUGAUGAUUUGAGUAUGUCUCAAAUGUGAAAAUGCAGCUGUACAACAAACAAUUAUUAAGGAAUCAAAGUAUAUAUUAAAGCUAUGAAUUUUA